CUGCUUCAGCUUAAAAUGGACUACCGAGGGCACUCCACUCCAGUUUUGCCCGCCUAUCCUUCCACUCAUAACAGAGGCAUAGCCAUAAAACAUAAUCCCAUAGAACCAAAGUGGUCUGUGAAGUGCAGUGACAAAAAAAUGGCUCUAAAUUCCGCUAUACUUAUCCGUAAAUUCCCUCACUUGUGCCGUUUUACGGGUUUUUCUUCCCAAAACACGUGCCUUCCUGCAGGUGCUACUAGGUUCCCCAUUAGAGAGUCCAAAGACGGUUCCUAUCCAUGUCUUUCGAGUUCGAACCAUCGAGCUGUUUUUAAGGACUGGGGUGCUCGCAAAACGGGAGCUGGGCAGUUGGGUUUGGAUUAUUCACGUGUGUCAGCAGUUUCGGACGGUGGGUCCGGUGGAAAUGGUGGGUUUGGAGGUUCCGGUGAUGGGAAUUCUGGUGGCAAAGGUGAUGGGACUGGUGACAAUGGAGGCGAAAGUGGUUGGUCCUUGCUUUCAUGGUAUUUGGCUCUUCUAGCAAAACAUCCCGUGUUGACAAAAGCAGUGACAUCUGCACUUUUGACUUGUGUUGGAGAUUUGAUUUGCCAACUUGCAAUUGAUCAUGUGCCAUCCCUAGACGUGAAGAGGACAUUUCUGUUUACACUAUUGGGUUUGGUGUUAGUUGGUCCUACAUUGCACUUCUGGUAUUUAUGUCUAAGUAACUUGGUAAAAUUGCCUGGAGCAUCAGGUGCUAUCUUGCGGCUUUUACUGGAUCAGUUUAUGUUUUCUCCUAUCUUUAUCGGAGUUUUCUUAUCCACGUUGGUGACACUAGAAGGAAAGCCGUCGCAAGUUAUACCCAAACUUCGACAGGAGUGGUUUUCUGCUGUUAUUGCAAAUUGGCAGCUAUGGAUACCUUUCCAAUUUCUCAACUUUCGGUUCGUCCCGCAACAGUUCCAGGUCCUUGCUGCAAAUUUUAUUGCUUUGGUUUGGAAUGUGAUUCUCUCAUUUAAAGCUCACAAAGAGAUAUUAACCAGGUAAACUAUUGCUUGAGUUACAAGUCAUAGCUUAUUGUGAUGAUAGCGUGCAUGCAUGAGUUUAGUUUUCAUUGUAGCCAUGUAAUACAGUACUGAUUUUCAGUUAUAUCAUCAAUUUUUUUGAGAUAAUAA